ACAGGAGCAUCUAACCAGCAAAGCAGGUUGGAGAGCAUAGCUUGCAACUAUGAAGAGCCUAGUCCUACUAGCAGUACUGUUCCUUUCAGGAACACAGGCAAAUUACUUCCCUUGGCAACACGAUGAGCCCCGCACUCCAGUUCAGCAGGUACGGGAGGUUUUAGAGAGCUACGUACACAAAGUUCGUGACUUGGGAAGAGAAGCUGUGAGCCAACUGGAGACCUCUGAUCUUGGAAAACAACUUGACUUGAAGAUCACUGAGAAACUUGACACCUUUGGUACCAAUGCUAUGAACCUGAGGAAGCAAAUCAAUCCCUAUGUAGAGAAUAUCAGGGAACAGGUGUCCAAAGAGCUAGAAAAGGAACUCCCAAUAAUCAAGGAGAAAAUCCGCCCCAUCCUGGAAGGCUUUCAGAAACGUUGGGCUGAAGAUGCAAAGGCUUACCAGGAGAAAAUCUCGCCCCUGGUAGCUGAGCUACAAAAGCAAACCAAGAGCAACCUGGAUUCCUUGUAUAAAAAGAUCACUCCCAUUGCUGAAGAAGUUCGGGACAAAGUGAGAGUGGAUGUUGACGCCCUUCGCUCAAGACUCACACCCUACAGUGAUGAGAUCAGGCAAAAGCUGGUUGCGAAACUGGAAGAGCUUAAGGCCAAUGCAGGUCCAAAAUCUGAGGAAUACAGAACCCAACUGUCACAGUACAUUGAGAAUGUCAAGGAGAAGUAUGGACCCCUGGCCCAGAGCAUUCGGGAACGUCUGGUGCCCCAUGCAGAGGAAGCCAGAAGCAACUUGGCAAAGAUUUGGGAAAAUCUGAAAGCUAGACUCAGACAGGAUGCCUAAAGUUUUUCAUCCCCUAUAUGUGAAGAUGUUAUGUUGGUGCUUCCAUCCUCAUCCUAACAUCUCUCUCACACAACCUCUUAUCUCAUCAUAUACCAUUAACAAGAUGCUGGCCUGAGAGAGGACACGUUUACAUGCUGCUAGCCCUUACAUUAUCUCCAAGAGGGCAACUAUUAUUAAUAAUAUGAAAUCAAUUAGUACAUAUCUUGUAUUGUUUACAUAUUUCAUAUAAUUUACCUCCAUCCUGAGGGCACAUGGUCCUCUCUCAUGAAUUUCAAUGUAAAAAUAAAGAUAUUGGUAUAAC